AUGUCGGUUCCGCUCAGUCCAUCACCUCCUCCUCCUCCGGCUGGUCAGUCGGUCCGGAGCGCAGCGGCUCCCCGGCGGAGAUCCGGCCGAGCAGAGCGAUGUCAGCCCCGGGGAGAGGCUGGGUUCACCACGGCGGACGAGCAGCGAACCCCGGGCUGGCUCGGCGCGGGGAGUCGGUGUUCGGAUGCUGGAGGUUCUGCUUGUGAGGCACCAGGACCGGACCGCUCCAGAUGUCCGCUGGAUCUGCGGGAGGAGAGGAUGCUGCUGCAGUCUGCAUCCCAGCCGACCAAUCAGAGCGCUGCACGAGCGCUGGGCCGCGCUCCCAUUGGUCCGCAGCUCCGUCAGGCACGAGGCGCUCACGACGCGUUUACGAGGGAAAGUUCGGUUCUGUUCCGGUACCGGUUCCAGGAUCCGACGUUUUUCCCCUCCGGUGUGGAUCUCGUCUCGGAUGUGAAGAUGAGUCUCUGGAGAGUUUCCUUGGUGGUGAUCGUGGCCGCAUGUUGGCUGCUGGUUCUGUCCUCUGGCCAGAACCCCACCAGCCCCACCAGAACCACCGGGACCACCGGAACCGCCAGCAACGCCCAGCCCCCCGUGACCAACUCCAGCCGGCCGAACAGCACGCUGAGCGGCGGCGGAAGCUCCAGGCCGGACGGGGUGCAGCUCCAUGAUCCAUGGAAGGCGGACGCCUCCAUGAUCAAGCGGGCCCUGUACGUCCUGAUCGGCAUCACCAUCAUCGCAGUCCUGUACUUCCUGAUCCGGGCCGUGCGCCUGAAGAAGCCGGCCCAGAGGAAGAAGUACGGCCUGCUGUCCAACUACGACGACUCGGUGGAGAUGGAGGCGGUGGACAGCGACGGCGACGACACCCUGUACGAAGCCCGCAGCCUGCGCAGAUGAGUUCUGCUGCGCCGGGUCGGACAGAUCGGAGCCGCCGCCGCCUGACCGUGUUGAUCCAGGACGAACUGGAAGAGGACCAAAAAGCUGCUCAGAGAAGCAGAGCAGGAUAAUCAAUAUUUGAUCAAUAUGUUCGGAGCGCUGCUUCCUGGAGCGAGUGGACGCUUUUCCUCCUAAGGCCAAAUGUUUUUCUUCUUCUCUGGAUUUUCGUUUAGAUUAUUCCGGAUUCCCUGUGUUGUUGGUUUUGCUUUGAUUUUGUGCUUUAACUACUGGGAGCUGCCUGCAGGGAGGCGGAGGGCCAGCAGGGGGCAGCAGCGAUCUGCCCUGCUGGUAGACUUUAACCCUCCUCCCUGCUGCAAUAAACACACAGUGUUUGGAAAACUGCUUGUAUUGAUUCUAACGAUCUAAUUUGGAAUAAAAUAACAAUAACUUCUUGGAUUUGACAUAUUUCUACUUUUACUUUUGUUUCCUUUGGGAUUGUAAUAAAAUUUUCUUCUUGUUUUUCAUCUUA